AUGGAUUUAAUGGUAACAAGUGUGCUGGGUAUGGAGGGAUUUCUCCGGCGGCGUCAUAGUGGAUGGAAUUCGAUUCUGGAGAGUGUAGCAGGGGGAAUCCCUAUGCUUUGUUGGCCUUAUUUUGCAGAUCAGACAAUAAACAGUAGGUUUUUUAGUGAUGUUUGGAAGCUCGGAUUGGAUAUAAAAGAUAAUUGUGAUCGUAUGAUCAUCGAGAAGAUGACUGAUGGAGUUUUUGAAGGGCAUGAUUGUAUGAACAUCAAUUCGAAUUUUAUGUGUGGAGAAGAUUGUGUGGAGAAGGUGGUGAUAAUGUGUGCUGGGGUGUGCUUGGGGGAGAAGGAUUUGAAGAUGGGGUUGUUUCUGGUGACGGACGUGGAGGAGGCGGCCAAAAUCCUUCUUCCGCUAUUGGAAAGGUUGUGGGGUGGUGCAUUGUUGGCUAACAUACAAGAAAUGACGGAGUUCAAUAGAUUGGAAAAUUUAGAGACAGGUGGAGAUGCUAGCGACAGCGAUGAGUCUGGCUACGGUUGUGACUGUGAGGAUGGUGGUGGUAGGGUCUCCAGGGACCUUGGUGGUGGGGAGACAUUUUGCUGGUUAUUGGUGUUGCUGUGA